GCCGCUGCUCAAACGUAGCAGCUCCUCCAGCACCAGAACCGAAGUCUCCCAAUCUGCUGCCGCGUGCCGUGCAUCAAGAUGAAGGCGCCAAGUCGUGAAGAGCCGAAGCCCUGGUCGCUGAACCCCGUGCGCUUCAUGCAGCUAGCGCUGGCAGUCACCAUGUUCCUCUCCGUGUCGUACAUGUGGCAGUUCACAGCGGAGACCGUCGUGUCCCCCACCACGGAGGAGAUCGAGGCCGGUAACGCUAAAGAUGCAGCCGCCAAGCUCGUCCAGGCUGCUGAAGCCGCUUUGGCAGUGCAGAGAGAUCGCUCACAUGCUCACACGCAAUACGUUGUGCGUGGCUUCGAGGAGGCGCACAAAUUCGUGCGCGAGUACGACGUUGAGAGCAUGGGGCCACUGUUUGUGCUGUUUAUGAGCGACACAGACGCCAACGGCACGUAUUGGUUCCAACCUUGCCAGAUGGUUAAAGACGCAGUGCACAAAGGUUUUAAACGUGCACCUAGACGAUCGAGACUGUUGGAAAUCCAGGUUGGCUCCGAGAAGUACUGGAACGACCUUAUGAACCCGUUCCGGCAGAACCAACUCUUCUAUAUCGACUAUUUACCGACGUUGAUGCGGUAUGAUGGUGGUGGUAACUCAUCGGCAUUGCUUGCUGGUCCUAACUGUCUGAAUCAAGAUCUACUGGAUGUCGUGUUCCAGGUAAACAAACCGGCGGCUGGAAAGCCCCACAACAACCGCAUCAUGCACUUCAAUAACAUGAAGCAGGUCUUGGAUUUCCUCGCAUUCUACGACUACAGCUACCCACUCUUCAUGUUCUUCGUCUCAGGCGUACAUGCUUUCAACAACCGACUAUGGUGUCCGUUCUGCGAUAAGGCCGAAGUACCUGUAAUGCACUACUAUAACUACACUGCACCAGACAACGCUGUGCUGCUUCGUAUCGUGGUCGCUCGUGAGCCUCGUCAAUGGUUUGAUGAAGAUAAUGACUUUGUUGGCCAGGAGUUUAGCGAAAAAGUCGUCGAGUUCGACGGUGUGCCGUAUCUGGGCUUCGUCGACAGGAACCGGACCAGUAACAAGAUCAAGUUGAGGGAGUUCACGCACGGAAUGGACCAGCACGAGAAGCUGCAAGAGUUCUUCCGGCAAAAGGCGCCGGGCGCAGCUGUUGCCCCUGCACUAUAAUUGAGGAGAGAAAUACAUUAGUGCAUCAUCUUCACCAAUAGAGAAAGUAGCAACAACA